AUGUGCUCAAAAUUGAUUUCCAUACAAAUCCUGAUUAUUUUCCUGCAUUCAACCGUUGCUGACAUUUAUUUUGGUGGGUUUUUUUUAUUUUUCAAUUUUUUCUGUACAAAGAUUAGUAUCAAAAAAAUGGAAAAUUCAAUAAAAUAGGUUUCUCAUUGGAGCGCACUUGUACUCCUAAACUCGGCCUUUUUUGGGAUGAAAGAGUGGUCUCUAGGGUGGCAAGCGUAACGCUCUCGUAGUUUCACUUGAGGGGGCACUAAGACUUGAAAAAGUGGCCACUUUAGGGGAUUAUUUUAGAGGAUUCUAUAAGUUUUUCAAACUUUUCUAUCUGGAGAAAGAGCUAAAAAAAACCCCUAUAAGGACCACUCAAGCUCGAGGCUCAACCCCUAUAGGGGCCACCAAAGCAUUCAGCCCUCUAGGGAGCACUAUAGGGACUUUUUUCUCGAACCCCUUUAGGGACCACUCUGGCGUUUCUAAGUAUUUUUGGAUUAAGUCGUCGAUUUUCCAGAUAAAAACUAUGAAGACGUCGUUUCGACGAUUUCAGCGGCUGAAAAAGUCGAAGUCCACGAACACGAACAUGUUCAUUAUCACAAGCACGAUCAUUACAAUGAGCCUAUGGUAUUUUUUUUUUUGAGAUAUUUGGUUCUUUUGAUAAUUGAAUAAGGUAAAUUUGUACCUAUACAGUCUACUAACCAUUGGAAAUUUGACAGCUUCAAAAAAAAAAAAAAUGAUGAAAAAUUUUUUUUCGCAUUUUUCGCUCAAAAACAACCUAAAAAGCUUUCUAACUCUAAAUUUUCAUGUUAUAAUAAAUCCUGAAGACCACGGUCGCAUUUGGAAUGGCUCUGCUUGAUUUUUUUAACAUUGCGCCCGACUUUUGACGGCUUACGCGCUUUUGCUUUUGGAAGCGUAUGAAAACGCUGAUUUUUUUCGAACUAUCAAGCCAUUCCAAAUGCGGCCCAAAAUUUUUUUAUUUUUUUAUUUUUUUCUGAAUUAAAUGCUUUAAAUUAACAAAAAAAAAAUGUUUAGCUCAGGAAAAUUUUAAAAAAAACUAACAAAAGUCAAUUUAACGUUUCAGAAAUCCGCUCUUCUUCCCAGAAAAACGAGAAGCGUCGAUGACGUCACGAUUGACGUAAUUAACAGCUAAUUAAUCAAUAAUUAACCUCCUUAACUCAUUACAGAAGGUCGUGGAAAAUUCCGUUGACGCGGAGAAAUUCACAAAAUCAGAAAAACUCCGAAAUUCUCCAAUUUCAAGGUCUCGUCGCUGGCCUGAUUAUCCUCCGUACACGUCUUAUUAUGCAAAUGUGAGAAUAACACCGUGGUUGAGUGGCUAACAAUGCUGUUGUUGGGUAUAGAGGUCCUUGGUUCGACUCCGGUCGAGGAAAAAUGUAUUUUGUCGUUUUUCUUUAACGAUCUUUAGACUUUUCUUAUACAAAACUUCUUCUGAGAGUUAGAAAUUUGUUUAAACGCUUGGUGUAGUGGCUAAAAGGUCUGUAUUUUGAUAGGGUACUUCCUGGUUCGACUCCUGUCGAGGAAAAAGUUUUUUGCCAUUUUUAUUUGAUGAUUUAAUAGAUUAUUUCUUAUACCUAACUGCUUCUAACAUGCUGAAAAUUCUUAAAACGCUUGAUAAUGUAGCUAAGAGCAUUUUAGUGGGAGAAUGGGCUUCCUGGUUCGGUUCCUGUCGGCGGGAAAAUUUUUUUGUCAUUUUUAUUUUAUCAUUUGUGAUGGAAAUUUUUCAAUAGAACAUUUUUAGCAAUAAAUAAGAUUUUCAUGUAAACAAAAGCUUCAAAAAAGCAGAUAAAACGAUGAUACUGCAUGGAGAGGUCUUUGGUUCGAGUCCUGUCGAGGGAAAGAAUUUUGCCAUUUUGAAAAAAAAUUUCCAACCAAGCAAAGUCGUUUUCAAAUAGUUGUAAAAUUGACUUUCCUAAUUUUUCAAAAUAUUUUCACUUUUUAGACAGCUUUUUUUAGGUAAUAAGAAAUUUAGAACAUCUCAGGAACGAAAUUUAUGAACUGAAUUAAGAUUUUGCAAUCAGGAUUGAAGUUUGCCGGCGAAAAUUGAAGAGAAAACAAAUUUUCAGGCUUAUCCAGGCUACGGCGGCUAUCCGGGAUACCUGACCCCGGCUUAUAGCAACGGAGUUUUUCCCCUGCCUGGCGGAUAUUAUCCGGGAAGCAUCGUCGGUUCAGGAUCCAUGUGGGCGGCGAACGGAGGCCUCGUCGGCAAUAUUUUAUCUUUUCUUGUUGGAUAAAUCGAUUAUUUUCCGUUGUUCAUGUAUAAAAUCGUUAUAAACCUUUGUUUUUGUGAUUUUAUCGAAAUAAAGGAAGAAAGUUGAACUAAAUACCUUGAAGAUAAAGAAAAUCCUUUUCAGAUUUUCGAAAACGCAAAAGACUUGGACGAGCACGAAAAACGGCUUUAAUAAUUUCAAAAAACUACUGCUCUUUUGAAAACCCAUGGAAAUUAUUGGAAUAGAGAAAAUGGCACAAUUUCCUACAAAGUGAACAAUUAGCAUCCUAUUUGAAGAAUAAAUAGAACUUUGAAAGCUAAAAACUGCAACUUUGAAAAAAAAAACCCCCACUUUUGUGCAAAUUGUCGUGUCGGUGACCACGCCGGCGUUGGAAUUUUUCGCGCGCGAAAGCAAAUUUGACCCAAAUUUCGAAUCUGUCCUUUUCUUUUUUUUAAACUAAUUCACGUGUAUUUUCCUUCAUUUCUUCAUUUAUUCCAGUGAACUGUACAUAGGCGGCAACGUCACUGAUGGAAUUUCCUGUCGGCAAAGCCAAGAAAGGUUACUUUUACAUGUUUUAAAAAUUAAAAAAAAGUUUGCAGGAAAAAAAUAGCCGAGCUGCGAAAAAAAGUGCCACAGAAGAGGAUGUGCAAGCGGCGAAAAAGGUAGAAUUAAGAUUUUUAUUAAUUAUUUUAUGAAGAUUCAAAUUUUACAGAAGAGAAGAACGGAAAGCGAAUCCUUUGCGGGUUUCGAACGGAACCAACGAAAUAAGCUCGGAUAUUUCGUUUGUACAUCCUUCAAGUUCAAAGGAAAACCGUAGAGAGAGUUUGAAAAGAAAAAAAAAUGAAAAAACAAUCGGAAAAUAAUUUAGUUUCCAUCGAUUCGUCUUUCCUUUCCUCCGAAGCGUCUUCCUCCUGUGGGGACGAUGGAAAAACGGCGGAUUGUCUCGAAGUUCAAUCCUGUUGGCCUAAAAGUAAGGAAAAUGUUCGAAAAAAUAAAAAUUAUUUUGCAGUCGUUUUCUCGCAUCGCGCCCGCACAAACCUCCUGUACAACGAAGGCUCUCCGGAGGCUAAAUAUGUGGAUUCGGCUGAAGACGAAUGUUUCUUGUGUCAUAAAAAAGGGUUGGAAUCGAACCCGUUGCUGUCCUGCCAAGGGUCUAUGAAUGGCGUUAAAAAACGCAAGUGCAAAUCGAUGUUCCACGUUAAAUGUAUCCAGGUUUGUGUUGAAUAGUGUUAUUUUCUUGAAAAAAUGGUUUUCUUCUCGAAUUAUUUUCAAAUCCGUAUCCAUUCAGGACCCAUUUUUGGUGUUUAAAAUUAAAAAAUUGAUGUUUUUGCUUGGAAAAAAAGUUUUAAUGGAAAGGAAAAAGUUGAAUUUUAGUCGUUUUUCUGCUUUUCUUAGCUCAGAACCUUUUCAGGCCUUUUUUGUAUUGGAUAGUGUUAUUUUCUUGAAAAAAUGCUUUUUUCAGUUUCUAAGGUAGUUUUUCUCGAAACCACCUUUUUCAUUAAUUUUUUCCAGGCGGGACCCAUUUUUUAAUAAAUGAACUGCUUUUUGGAAAUUUUUUUACACAUUCAAAUUUAGUUAAUUUUCUUCUUUUCUCAGUUUCUCAAUUUAUUUUUCUCAAAAUCUGUUAAAAUUACUUUUUACAUUGAUUUUAUCCAUCCAGGACCUAUUUUUGAUCGUUAGAAUCGUAAAAAUUAGUAUUUUGCAUAGAAAAAAUUUUUUUACUUGAAGUUUCAUUGCACAUUUUCAGCUUUAGAGUCAUUAUAAACGUUUCGAACCAUCAAAUUCCGCUCAUAAUAUUAGUUUUUUCAUCGUUUUAAGGCUCAAAAUCUGACCAGUAGUUAUAGAAUUGAUUCCUGGACAUGAUAUAACUGUAGUUUAAAAUAAAAAUUGAAUUUGAUGUUGAAAUUUUGAAAAAUGGUUUAUUUUGCUUGGAAAAAAAGUUUUUAACUUGAAGUAUUAUAGCUCAUUUUUCAGCUUUAGAGUCAUUAAAAGUGUUUCGAAUCAUCAAUUUUUUUGUUCAUAAUAGUAGUUUUUUUCUUAGAUUUCUAGUUCAUUUCACUCAAAAAUUUGUUUUAAAAAUGAAAUUUAAGGCUUUCUGAUCGAUUUUUUUAAUUCAUUUCAUCGAUCAUAUGGAAUAUUUUGAAGCAAGUAAUUAUUUUUAAAAAAAUAAAUUUUUUAGAUUUUUCCUGUUUCUAAAAAAAGCUUUUUUUAUCGAUUCGUUUCAGUUUUUUUGGGUGGUUUGGCAAAAAUCGGCAAAAAAAUCAGAGUUUCUAAAAUUUGCGUGAAAAAAAGAUAUAUUUACUUUUACGUGAAACGUGUUUUUCGAAUUUAGGAAUUUUUUUGGAAAUUACGUGAAAGAAUUUUUUUGGAGUUUAUGGAAUAACAUUUUUUUGUUUCAGUUUAUUUGAUAUAUGGCUUUUUUUGAAAUCAAAACUAAUCGAUAUAUAAAAUAAAUACGUAAAUAAAUAAAAUGAGUGCAAAAAAAUAAUCUAAUUUUUGAAAAAAAUUUAGUGAAAAUGACGAUUUUUUUGUUCAAAAAUAUUGCCUUAUUUUUCAGUUUUUUUCUGUAGAAAUGUCCCGAUUUUUUUAUAUUUUUUUCAAAGUUUUUUUCUCAUGAAUCUAUUUGGUAAGGAAAAAUCGCAUUUUUUUAUAUAUACUGAUUGAAAAAAAUUUUUACAUAACUGUGCGAAAAAAAUCCGUUCUUUAUCUCGAUUUCACAGCAAAAAAUUAGUUUUUUUGCUAAAUUUUUCCGCGAUAUUUGAAUUUAUCUCUGGCUCUCCAAAAUCCAGUUGUCUUUCUCUUUCUGACGGCCUUUUUCAAAUUUGUUUUUUUCAAAUGAAAUAGUAAAAAAAUUUUUGAAAAAAAUUCAGUGAACAUGACGAUUUUUUUCUGUUCAAAAUAUGGCUUAAAUCCCAGUUUUUUUCCUGAGAAUUUUUUUCGAUUUUUUUAUUUUUCUGAAUAGUCAUUAAUUUCCUUUGAAGAACUACAACGGCGGCGACUAUUGUUAUGACUAUGUCCGGGCCCCCGAAGGCCAAGGCUUAAUUCUGUGUCCCCUGCAUCACUGUGACGCGUGUUAUGCGAAUCGACGACGGCAAUCCGCCUUUGAAGGUUCCUUUUUCAUCUUUUUAUUCAUUUUAGAAUCUUCAAACGGGUCCCUAAAAGUUCCAGGAAAAAAAGCAGUCCCUAUAGGCGUCUUUCAAUUUUUUGUUAUGAUUUGAAAGAAGUUAGCGACGUGUUUUUGAAUAAAAGAACAUAUUUUGUGCUUAGGAACGCCAGAGUGAUUCCUCUAGGGGUUUAAGACCUGAUCCAAAGGACCUCCAAGCUCAAGUGGUCCCUAUAGGGUUCUAAAUUUUUUUCCAGAAGAAAAAGACUUUUUAUAAUUUUUUUCAGGUGAAAAAAACGCGAUUUUACUUCAUUUUUUUGAGCUAAAAAUGCAGUUUUACCCAGUUUUUUUAAAUGAAAAAAACAUUAUUUUACUUGAUUUUUUUAAAGUGAAAAAAAGGAUUUUUUUAUUGGAAUUUUUCAAGUGAAAAAAAUAGAAUUUUUCCCAGAAAAAUUUUUAAAGAAAAAAAUCAAACUUUAUCCGUUUUUUUCAGUAAAAAAAUUAAAAUUUCACCCAGUUUUUUUGAUAGAAAAAAAUUUUUUAGCUAAUUUUACAAGUAAAAAAAUGAAAUUUCAUUCAGUUUUUUUCUAAGGAAAAAAAGCGGUUUUUCAAAUUUUUUUCAAGUAGAUAAUGUAAUUUUUACACAGUUUUCCAUUGUGAAAAGUCAAUUUUACCCAAUUUUUUUGAGAUGAAAAAAAUGCAUUUUUUUAAUUAAUUUUUCAAAGUUUAAAACGAAAUUUUUAUCCGAUUUUCCAGUAGAAAAAAAUGCAAUUUUUUUCCUAAUUAUUUAAGUUAAAAGUGCGAUUUUUAUUCAGUUUUUUUAAUGGAAAAAAAUUUUUUUAGCUGAUUUUACAAGUGAAAAAAAUGAAAUUUCAUACAGUUAUAUUAAGGAAAAAAACGGGGGUUUUUUUCAAAAUUUUCAAGUAGAUAAUGCAUUCUUACUCAAUUUUUCAAUAGAAAAAUGCAUUUUGUCUUGAGUUUUUAAGUGAAAAAUGCAUUUUUAUCCGAUUUUACAGUAGAAAAAUGCAAUUUUACCCGAAUUUUCAAGUGAAAUAUUGCAAUCUAACCUAAUUUUUUAAGUGAAAAAUGAAAUAUCGCCCAUUUUUCUAGUAGAAAAAUGCAAUUUACCCGAAUUUGUAAGGGAAAAACUCACAUUUCCCUAAUAAACUGUCCAUUUUUCCCAGGAAAUCUGCUGGAAUGCAUCUCGUGUAACCGAGCUUUCCACUCGGUGAAUUGUUUGCCCGCUGGCGGGAUCAAGAUCAAUAUCAACGUUGUUGAAGGCCCUGAAAAGGUAAAGUCAUCUAGGAAAAGCCCCAAGAAAUGAGCUUUUUUCCAGUACAAGGGUAGUUUUAUCGUCUGUCCGGCACACGCAAAGCUGCCGUCACUGGGAAGGCCCCACCUGACCAUUUGUUGCGAAUGCGAGAAAGGUGAGAAACGGGAAUGUCUUAUAGAGAAAAUAAGGCUUUUAAAAAUGGAUUUUUUUAAAAAAAACAUUUUUUUCAGGCUUCAAAUUGAUUGAUUAUGAAAAAAAGUGGGUUUUAAGAGGUUUUUGGCCGAAAAAAAAAUAAAUAAAAAAAAUUUUAUAUUUUUUUGGGCUUAAAAGAGAUUUUUUUGACGUAGAAAAUAGGCUCUUUUUGAGAUUUGUUACCUAAAAAAAGGAUUGUAAGUGUCUAAAAAUGAAUUUUUUUAGGCUUUAAAUGAUAUGAUUUUUUUGGAGUUGAGGCUAUUUUUAAAAGGUUUUUUUGCCGAAAAAAAUCGAAUAAAUAGAUAAAAAAAUUCAUAUUUUUUUGGGGCUUUAAAGAGAUUUCUCUUCUGGGAAAAUAGGCUUUUUUUGAGAUUUUUUUGCUGAAAAAAUGGAAUGAAAUCAUUAAAAUAUUUUUUUCUAGGCUUCAGAAAUGAUUAAAAAAAUUGGGAAAAAAAUCAGCAUUUUUUUGAGCUUGGUUGCCGAAAAAAAUCUAAUUAAAAGCAUUAAUUUUUUUCAGACUUGAAAAAAAUACAUUUUUUUGAAGAAAAAAAUAGGAUUUUAUUGAGAUUAGACGUCGGGAAAAUCGAAUAAAAAAAGGUUAAAAUCUUUUUCUAAGCUUUGAAAAAUUUUAUUUUUUUGGAGGAAAAAAACAGGUUUAUUUUGAGAUUUUUUUGCUGAAAAAAAUUGAAUAAAAAAAGGUUAAAAUUUUUUGGGCUUCAAAAAUGAUAAAUUUCGGAAGAAUAUAGAGUUUUUUGUGCCGAAAAAAAUUGAAUUUCAGGUUUUUUUGGCUUCAAAACGUACUGUUUUUUGGAGAAAACAGGCUUUUUUUCUUGAGAAAUUAGAAAUUUUGUUGAAAAAAAGAAGAAAUGAAGUUUUUGAUUUUUUUAGAUUUAUAGUUUAUUUUUGUUGAAAAAAAAAAAAAAACUAGUUUAUUAAUUUUUUUAUGGGCUGAAAAAUUGGAUAGGAAGCCCAUUUUUAAUAUAGUUUUCUCAAAGAAAUUUUGAAAAAAAUAUUUUUUUUUGCAGACGACGGGGAGCUGGAGGAGUGUCACACCUGUGUCCGUUCCUACCAUCCGAAAUGCCGACUGAUCGAAUUCCUCGACGGCCAACCCAUUCCCAAGAAUCGCUGCGAGUCCUGCGCCCAUCAGGAAACCAUCCGAAUCAAUCGAUACGCCUUGGCGAAAUUCAAAAAUUUGUCAGUUUUUGAAAAAAACCUCUUUUUGUUGCUUAAAAGCUGAAGCUUGUAAAAGUAGGAAAAGCUGAAAAUCUUGAUUUUCCCCUUUUUUUUGGCUUGAAAUACGAGAAAAAGGUCCAACUUCUUCGUUUUUUUAAUGAAUUUGUCACUAGAAAAAAAUAAUUUAAUGGAAAAAAAGACUUUUUAAGUUCAAAAUUAUCCUUUUUUUGCAUAAAUUUAUGAGUUUAGAGGUUAAAUUUGACCAAUUUUUUUAUGAUUUUUUUCUGGGUUUUUGUAAUUGAAAAAGAAGCUGAAAAAUGGCUGAAAAAAAUUACAUGAAAUUUUGAAAUUUCUUUUUUUGCUUGAAAUAAAAAGUACGCGAAAAAUGGCUUAUAUAGAUGAAAAAAAGGUCCAGCUUUGUCAAACUUGAAUAAACUGUCAGUAGAAAAAUAAUUUAAUGGAAAAAAAAGACUUUUAAGUUCAAAAUUGUCCUUUUUGCAUAAUUUUAUAAGUUUGAAGGUUAAAUUUAACCAGUUUUUUUAUGAUUUUUUUCUGGGUUUUCUAAUGGAAAAGAAGCUGAAAAAAAUGGUUGUAAAAGUAUGUUUUUCCCUAUAAAAUACUGAAAUUUUGAAAUUUCUUUUGCCUAAAAAAAGAGAAAAAAAGUGGAUUUUCUAGUUGAAAAAAAGGUCCAAGUUUGUUUUUUUCGGAAAAAAAGGAUUGAAAAGGAUAAAUUUCCCCUUUUUUUGGAAAAUGAGAAAACAGAUUUUUUGAUUUGUAAGCGGUUUUUUAUGUUCCAAGAUUGGUUUAGCUUGAAUUUUUGGGUGCAAUUUCAGACCAAGUUUCAAGAUUUACCUGGGUUUUUAAUGUUAAAAAAAUGCUGUAAAAGUUAAUUUUCACCAUAAGAAAUAACGUGGAAAGUUUUGAAUUUCCCUCUUUUUUUGACCUUUUCUCGGUGGAGCAUAGUUGCCUUUUUGGUCUUUUUUUUCUCAACAGUUAUACUUUUUGCUCAAUCUUUUCACUAAAGACGAGAUUUUUUUUCUAAAAUGAUGGAUUUUUGCUCGGAAAUCGAUAAUUUUUUCAGGUUUUAUCCCUGCCAAGUUGUCGAAUGGGACAAGUAUCCGCAGAAGAAGGAUUCGUGAGUUUUUUUCAGGUUUUUUUGAAAAAAAGAAUGAGACAGAGUUGAAAUUGAAGCAUUUUUUUCAAAUUUUUUUGAGUUUUUCGUGGUCAAAAUUUGAUAAAAAAAUUUUAGUUUUUUUCUGGGUUUUAGUAGUCAAAUUUUUGAUAGAGAAUUAACGAUUUUUUUAGAGAAAUUUGUCGAUUUUUUUCAGGCGAUUUGGAAAGUUUUAUAUACUGGGAAAAAUUCCCUCUAGCGUCCACUUGAGUAAUUUUUCGAGCAAUAAUUGGAUAGGGCCCUGAAGUGGCCACUAUAGUAGCUUUCAGGCGUCUAUUAGUACUUUUUGAGCUUCUAAAGAGGCCUCUUAGGCCACUAACUGGACUACUAAAGCGGCCACUAAAGCGUCAAAACCCUAAAGGGGCCACUAAGAUUUAGACACUAAAGUGGUCACUUAUUUGACUACUGUAGUGGUCACUAAAGUAGUUUUCAGUGGCCCAGUAGUGCUACUUAGACCCCUAAAGAGGCCUCUUAGUUUUGGUCACUUAAGGGGCCACUAACUGGACUACUAUAGUGGCCACUAGUACUUCAAAACCCUUAAGAGACCCCUUCAACUUCAGAAAAAAAUAAGUAAUUUCCAGACGAUUUGGAAAACUUGGAUUUACGGCCGUAGAAUGGGCGGGACCCAAAAAAGAGAAAUCGAUAAUCCCGAUCAAUGCCCUCGUCCCGCUUUUCGACAGUUCCUUCGAUCUCUAUUCGAAGAAGAUCAAGUUGAACGAGGACGAGUUUGAAGGUACCUUUUGGGCUUACCAGAAGGGAAAUUAAUCCAUUUUGAUGUUUCAGCCUGGAAGGAAAUGAUCGACGACCUGGAGGAACCCCAGUGGCCCCACCCCUACAAGACGGUCCGACGACAAAUUGUGGUCCUUAUUCACGUUUUUUUUUAAAGAAAAUAUUAACAAAAAUCGAUUUUUAAUGCAUUAUUUCGAAGCUAAAUUCAGGAAAAUGUGCCAAAAAAGUAAUUUUUCAACCGAAAAAAUUAUGAAAGUAGCUUUUUUCCGCUCGAAAAUCUGAUGAAAAAGAAGAUUUUUGACACACAAAUUCGAUUGAAGUUGGUCCAGAUUGUUUCAUUUUUGAGCUGAAUUCGGGUAAAUAAGCGGAAAAGCGUUAUUUUAGCUCAAAAAAAUUUUUUGCAUAGAAAACGUGAUCAAAAUCUUUUCAGAGUGCAUUAUUUUUUUGAUCUAAAGUUAUAAAAAAAUGUUUUCCCUCAGAAAACGAUGUUUUUAAAAAAAUAUUAAAAAAAUUUUUCGAAUCAGUUUCAGGCCGAAUUCUCGAAACAUUGCCCAUUUUUUUAAAUUUUUCAAAGAAAAUUAUGCCUAAAAAAACAUAACAAAUAUAUCAAAUUCUCGGGAUUUUUUUAAAGAAUUUUUUUCGAGGAGAAUUUUUUUGACCGAUUUUUACAAGAUUUUUUUAUGUUUCAAAUAAACCUUGUUUGAGAAUUGAACUGUUUAUUUUUAUUAAAUAAAAAACUGCGAUGUCAAUAUUUCAUUUUUGGAGUCUUGUGGAGCGGAAAAGUCUGUUUGGAAAACUAGGCCAUGCCGCAAUUUUGCUCCCCGGAACAAUUCAGAUCACAAAAAAAAUUUCAAGUUCGAAGUGAGGAGCAUGUAUCCCAUAUCCCAGAAAAAUGAUUAAGAAAAAGAAAAAAAAUCUGAAUUUCAAAGAGUUCCAUGGAGCGAACUCUCGGCGUGGCCUAGUUUUCCAAACCGACCGACUUUUUCAGCAUGAAAUUUCAAUUUUCCAAUCUUUUUUUGGGAUUUUUUUGAUCAAAAUAAGCCUAAUGUUGGUUUUCAGGCUUCGGUCUACUACAACAAGGAGCUGAAGAAGAACCUUCCAGUGGAGGAUGUUCUGCGGUGUGAUUGCAAAAUCGGCGUCAAAAAUCGAUGUGGAGAUCAAUCUUGCAGCAAUCGACAAACCGACAUGGAGUGCCCUGCGGUAACUUUUUUUUGGAUUGAAGGAAAGAAGAUAGUUCUGUCUAGUGGCCACUUAAGAGAUUCACCGAGGGCACUGAAGGGACCACUUGAAAAAAAAAACCCAUGGAAGCCACUAUUCCGCUUCUUAGUGACCACUAUAGUAUCAGUUAGACUUCCAAAGAGGACACUAGAGUGGCCACUUAAACUUAAAAACCCUGAAGUGUCUACUUGAAGAAAAAAGUGAAAUUUUGGAACAAAGGUUGGACUGUAGAGCUUUUCCGGAUAUUUUCCAUUUUAGCCACUUAAGUGACCACUAAUGCGAAUACUGAAGGGGUCACUAGAACUAAAAACCCUUAAGAGUCCACUCGAAGAAAAAAAAAAAAGGAUAAAGUUUGAACCAAAUGAACUUUUUCGGACAUUUUCCAUUUUAGCCACUUAAGUAACCACUUAUGCGACUACUGUAGGGGUCACUAGAAUUUAAAAACCCUAAAAUGGCCACUUGAAGAAAAAAAUAAAAAUUUUAACUUUUUCGGACAUUUUCCAGAAGAUGACUAGAGUUUCCAAAGGUUUUGAGAAUAAAAUGAUUUUCGGAUAAAUUUUAGGAAUGUUCUGAAAAUCCCGGCGGCUGUCAUAAUCGAGACGUUUCUUCGAAAACCCCGUGUCCCGAUAUCGAACGAAAAAAGACGAAAACGCGAGGUUAUGGCGUUUUUGCCACGAAAAAUAUCCCCAAGGUGAUUGGAAUCAAAGAAAAAAGAAACCAAAAAAAAAAAUAAUUUCAGGGCACUUUUAUCGCCGAAUACGCCGGAGAGAUCAUCAACGCCGAAGAGUGUGCCCGACGGGUCAAUUUAAUCAAAAUCGCCCGAGAUUCCGAAGCCCAACUCUACAUGAUGUCCCUGAACGCCGUGAAAACGGUCGACGCCGCCCGGGCUGGGAAUAUUGCCAGGUGCGCUUUUUUGAGUGAGGGUGCGCGAUUUUUUGGGGAUUGUGCGCGAUUUUGCGAGGUUGUUGCGCGAUUAUGAAGGGUUGGUGCGCUUUUUUGAGGGGUUGGUGCACUUUUUGGAAAUUUGCAGUUUGAUCUUUUGUGACACUGGUGCGCGAUUUUGAAGAGGUGGCGCGCAAUUUUUGGGGUCGCCGCUAUUUUGAGGGGUUGGUGCGCGGUUUUGAAGGAGUGUGCUCUAUUUUAAGGGGUUGGAACUCGAUUCGGCGGGGAUAUGUAGCGAUUGUUCAUAGGUAUUGGCCCGCAUUUUUUUGAAUAAUCAAGGCGCAAUUUUUUGGAGCAGGUGCGCUUUUUGGAGGGGUAGGAGCGCGUAGAUAUUAAAGAAAACGCGAUUUUCGUAAAAAUCUAGCUAGAAAACAGAGAAAACUUUUAAAAUUAUCGUGUGGAAGUAUUGCAGGGUGCGCUUGUUUGAGGGGCAGGAGCGCGAUUUUUGGAGGUAGGUGCGCUUUUUGAAGGGGUUCGUGCACGAUUUUUGGAGAGCGGAGAAAACCUUCACGUGCCUUUUUUUUUUGAAACUAUAUUGAAUCAUCAAAAUGGUCUACGCCUUUAAACUUGGCUGACAAGUAAUUAAACAAAAAAAAAAUUCAGACUUUAUUAAUUUUCGAAAUUUUUGAGCACAUUUUCAUGAUUUUUCUUUUUUUGUAGAUACGUGAACCAUUCGUGCGACCCGAAUUGCAUAAUUCGGAUGGUGAAGAUCGUUUUCAACGACGGCGAGGGCAAACGGAUGGGCCGAUACGAUGAUCGGGUGGCCCUGUACGCCAAGAAAGAUAUCCAAUCAGGUCUUGCAACGAAAAUAUCCCGGAAAAAACGAGCGAUUUUGAAGGCGAAGAACUGACUUUUACGUAUAAUAUGUUCGGCAAGGAGUUGGCCCUGCCGGAGUGUCGAUGUGGCGCCGACAAUUGCAGCGGAAGUUUGAAGGGACGAUCUCCGCAGGUUUGUUUGGGGGUGGGUACCAGAAAAUGCUAUGAAAAUAUGGGAAAUAUAGUCAAAAAUUGAUUGAAUUGGUUGAAAAAAACGGAUUUUUUGAUAUAGUUCCUGGAAAAAAUGGGUAAUUUUGUCGUUUUUAUAAGAGAAUGUGAUCAAAAAAACGACUGAUUAAAUUGAAAAAAAAAGGUUUUUUUUUUAUGAUAAAGGUUCAGAAAAGUUGUAUUUAGGUCGUUUUUUCAACUUUACAAGGUUUUUUGAAUAUAGUUUCAGAAAAAACCGGUUAGAAGGUCGUUUUUAUGUGAAAUUAUGAUGAAAAAAAUGAAUGGUUAGGUUGAAAAAAAGGUUUUUUUGAUAUGGGUAGAAAUUCAAGGUUCAAUAAAGUUUAUUUAUGACAGAAAAAAAGGUGAUAAGCUGUCGAAAAAGCAUAUUUUUUGGUUUAGGAAAAAAAAAAUUGGGUUACGACCUUCUUAUGGGAAAAUGUAGUCAAAUUGAUUUCAUUGAUUUGGUUGAAAAAAAAACAGGGUUUUUUGAUAUAGUUCCUGAAAAAAAAAAAUGGGUAAAUUGGUCGCUUUUAAGCAAGGAUAUGAUUAAAAAUUACUGAUUAGGUUGAAAAAUGGGGUUGUUUUUGAAUGGGUAGAAAAAAAAUUGGGUUUAACGGUCGCUUUUAAGCAAGGAUUUGAUAGGAAAAGAUUGGAUAGGUGAAAAAAAAAGUUUUUUUCGUAAAGGUCCAGAAAAACUAGUCUGAAAGGUCGUUUUAUGCAAGAAUAUGAUGAAGAAUGACUAGUUGGGUUGAAAAAAUUGUUUUUUUUUACCUAGUUCAAGAAAAACGGAAUGAAAAUGUCGUUAUUAUGGAAAAUUUGAUCAAAAAAAGAUGGAUUAGAGCGAAAAAAAUUAGGUUUUUUGAUAUUGAAAUGAAAAAAACUGUGUUAAAAAAAGUCGUUAUUAUGAGAAAUUUUGGUCAAAAAAAGAUUCAUUAGGUUGAAAAAAAUAGGUUUCUUUUUGAUGAAGAUAGAAAUUUUAGGUUUAAUAAAUGGUUAAUAAGAACAAAAAAAAGGUGAGAAUUUGCCGAUUUGGGGAAAAAAAUUGAGUAAAAAAGGACUUUACUAUGUGAAAAUGAGAUCAAAAGUUAUGAUUAGGUGAAAAAAAAUAAAUUUUUUUCAGACAUAGGUCAAGAAAACCGAAUGAAUGGGUCGUUAUUUAUGGGAAAAUGUGAUUAAAAAUUGAUUGGUUAGGUUGAAAAAUGGGUUUUUUUUAUAUGAGUACAAAUUUAGGGUACAUAAAAGGUUUAUUAUGACAGAAAAAAGGUGCAAAGUUGUCGAAAAAGACUUUUUCUUUCAGAAAAAGAAGGACUGUGUGAAAAAUUUGAUCAAAAAGACUGAUUGUGUUGAAAAAAAUAGGUUUAUUUCAAUAAAGGUAGAAAUUAAGGGUUCAACAAAGGUUUAUUAUGGCAGGAAAAAGGUGAAAAAUUGUCGAAAAGGCAUAUUUUUUUAUGGCUUUGGGAAAAAAAUUGGGUAAAAGGUCGCUUCUAUGUGAAAAUAUUAUCGAAAAUGACUGAUUAGGUUUACAAAAAAAAAAAAGGGUUUUUCUUUUGGAAAAGGUAGGAUAUUAGGGAACCCAGAAGUUUAAUUAUGACAGAAAAAAGGUGCAAAGUUGUCGAAAAAGGACUUUUUUGUUUUACAAAAGCUUUGAAAGAUCGGUUUUAUGGGAAAAUAAGAUCAAAAAUUGAUUGAUUUUGUUGAGAAAACAUGGUUUUUUUAGUAUAGGUACAGAAAAGUUGGAUGAAAAGGUGAAAAAUUUGAUCAAAAAAUACAAAUUGGGUUGGAAAAUCAGGAAUUUUUUUGAUGUAGUUAGAAAUUUGAGGCACAAAAAAGGUUAAACAUGACAGGAAAAAAAAGGUGAAAAGUUGAGAAAGUUGGCUGAGUUUGAUUUUUGAGAGAAAUAGUUCAAUCAUGAGUUUUCUUGUUCCCAUGCAAUAAUUUCAGGAUUCGAAAGACUCGAGUAACGAUUCUCUGGCGAAUUCUCCGCCUCCUGUCGGCCGGAAAAGGAGUCGAACUUCCAGUACUGGUGCUCCGUCGGCGAAAUAUGCAAGAAAUGGUGAAUACCGUGACAAAAAUGAUGAAAAAAGGGCUUAAAAUGACAUAAAAUCUCUCCAAAUAAUUGUACUUAAGAACGCCAGAGUGGUCCCUAGAGAGGCAAAUUUAGGACCACUUAACCGCCCCCUAUAGGGGACACUAAGGCUCGCAAAAGUGAUCACUUCAGGAAAGCAUGCUAGUGAUCCCUAUAGGUUCUUUCAUCAAAUCAUAAUAAUUGUUUAAAACCCCUAUAGGGACCACUUAAGAGACCUCAAACCCCUAUAGGGACUAUCGAAGAUUUAUCCCUAAAGGGAGCACUUUUUCUGACCCUCAGACGCUGUUUUUCUCCAUUGCUAGUGCUAGAGGCGAAGCUGGAAAUGUUUAGUGGGCACUUUAGGGUUUUCGACGUUUUAGUGGUCACUAUAGUGGUCGAUUAAGUGGUCACUUAAGUGGCUAAAGGCCUUUUCAGAAGUCUAAUAUUACUUGGCCACUACAAACUACUAUAGUAACCACUAAAAACAAAACUUGUGGUUUCUACAGAGGUGGUUUAAGUGGCCACUUCAGGGUUCCAAAGUUUGAGAGGUCACUUAAGUGGCUGGAACUUAGUGGCCCCUUUAGAAGUCCAAGAGGUACUAUAGACCACUAAUAACUACUAUAGUGGCCACUAAAACGGAAAAUAGUGGCCCCUAUAGAGGUUAUUUUAGUGGCCACUUUAGGGUCCUCUCCCAGUAGCCCUGGAGGGACCUCUUAAGUGACCACUAGAAUUUUUUGCUUAUUAGAAAGCUGAAAAUUCCCGAUUUUCCAGGCGGCUCUCGAAAUUCGACGUCUUCUCAGAAAAAGAACAAAUCCGGAUCUCAAAAUCAUCAACAGGUGAAGAAUUUUCAAAAAUAAUCGGCCCCGCCCCUCGCAAAAAAAAAAUAAUUCGGAUUAUAAUAUUUCUGUCAUUUAUUCAAUAAUUAAUUUAUUCACUGACUUUCUCGAUUCUGUCAUUUAUUAGAACUAAUUUUUUUCCUUCUUCUUCUUCUUCUUAUUUCUAUCUUUCUUUUUAUUUUUUUAUCCCUCCCCAUCUCUCUCACUUCUUGUUUCGUUCCAAAUAAACCUUUUUUUCCCGAUUGUUGCAUGUGUGUAGUUUGAUCGCAGUGCAAAGGACUGGAAAUUGUACUUUUUUCUCAAUUUUUCGAAUUUUUUCUGACCUUUUUCCUCGUUCAGAUGCCCACUGACUGGCCUCAACAGCAGCAACAUCGAAAUCCGGUAUUUUUCAAUUUUUUUUAAGGCCUUUUUUGAGAGAUUCUUGGUGGAAAUGGCUUUAUUACGGCGUUUUUGAAGGAAAAAUGACUUUUUUUCCGAUUUUUUAAUGGCUAUAAUAAGCCUAUUUGAAAGAAUAUUAGUGAAAAUGGCCAUUUUUUUGACAUUUUUUUGAAGGAAAUUUUUUUAGUAAAAGUGACUUUUUUUCUGAUUUUUUUAAUGGUUAUAAUAGGCUUUUUUUGGAUGAAAAACUCAUUAACAAAUGAUUUUUUUCACUUUUUUUGAGUGAUUUUUUUCAGUAUUUUUUUCAAAGGAAAGCUCAAUAAAAACGGCUUUUUUUCAAGCUUUUUUGGAAAAAAAUGGCUUUUUCGUCUUUAAAUAAUGAAAAUAGGCCUUCUGAAAAAAAUUAUUUUUUUCCGAUUUUUUUGACUGAAAAUAGGACCUUUAAGUAGAGAUUAAGUCAGAAAAAAAUGACUAUUUUUCCGGUUUUUGAAAUGAUUUUUUUCAGAGAGAAGGGGCUUUUUCAACCUUGUGAGAAAAAAAUUGUGUGUGAAAAAUGCUUUUUUUGCCUUCCGAAAAAAAUUACCAUUUUUUUACGGUUUUUUUGACUGGAAAUAUGACCUUUUUUUGUAGAUAAAGUCAGAAAAAUGGCCUUUUUUUCGGUUUUGGUGUUGGAAUUUCGGCCUUUUCCGAACAAUAUUUAGCGAAAAUAUGUUUUCAUAUUAUAAAAAUAGGCUUCUUUUGAAGAAAUUUCUAUUAAAAAUGGCGUUUUUUCGGUUUUUGAGUGGGAUUUCGGCCUGUUAUAAGAAAAAUAAAUUUUGAUCCGUUUUGAAAUGAUGUAAAAAGGCUAUUUUCGAAGAAAAAUUCAGUGAAUAUUCUUCUUUUUCUCAAUUUUUGAGUAAGUUCCGCUUUUGCAAAAAAAAAAGUCGGUGAAAAAUAAUUUUUUUUAAUUUUUACUUGAUGAAAAUUGGAUGUUUUUUUGAAGAGAAACUCGAAAAAAAUGGCUUUUUUUCGAUUUAUGAGGGAAAUUCCAGCUUUUUCGAAUCAGAAUUUAAAAAAACUUGGUAAAUUCCGAUUUUGAGCUAAUUUAUCCGUAGAGCGCGUUUGGUGUCGUUUUUUUGAAAAAUUUUUUUGGAACCGAUUUCCUUCGUAUUUUUUUGAAGGAAUUUUUAAAUGAAAAUGGAUUUUUUUAAAAUGUAAAUUUUUCAGGAUCACCAGCAGGGAUCUUCGGCCCAUUUUGAAUGGGCCACGAUCAGUCCCAAGUUGGUUUUUUAUCCAGAAAAGGGGAAAAAAUUUUUUUAGUCCAAAAAAAGUAGAAAUUGAAAGAUCUUGAUGAGCUCAAUAUGGCUUAGAAACGCUAGAGGGGUCCCUUGAAACAUCCUCUUUAGGGACCACCUCAAUUUUCCCUCUAGGGGUCACUUAAGCUCACAAAAAUGGCCUAGGGAAGCCUACCAGAAGUACUAGGCAAACAAAAUUUGGAAGGCCGCUUUAGGGACCACUUGAGUUUCAAGCGCUUAGGGAUCAGACUCUGAACCCCUCUAGGGAGCACUAAAUAGGGAAUUUUUGUCCCUAACCCCUGUAGGGACCACUCUAGGGUUCCUGAGAGGCUCCUGUAUGCUGCUUCAUGUUAUAAUCGAUUCUUAAGAUUUUGGGGCUUACUGGAAAAAAGCUCUAGGGGCCCCUUAAGUGGUUCCUUAAGAGACCUUGGAGAGGACACUAAAGUGACCACUAAGCCACUCCUUUAGAAGCGUCUAAGUUGUCACUAUAGUAGUUUUUAGGCGUCUAAUACUACCACUUAGGCCACUAAAUUUCAGCCACUUAAGUAGUCACUAAUUUGACUUCUAUAGUGGCCACUAAGCCGUCGAUACCCUAAAGUGACCACUCAAAAUUUUCCCUAGAAAUUUGAAGAAGUGUGAAAUUUGGACUUUUCCUUGCAUUUCCAAAAAAAAAAAUCGAUAAAUUUGGAGGGCGUCGUCCAAGUGCAGCUCCGCGAUCAGUACGGACGUGAAAUGAUGCCCGUCUACCGAAACGCGCCCCCGGAAGUCCUGCAUCACCUCCGCGAGUACGAGAGAUGGCUCCAGGAGCAGUCGCAAAUGUUCUGGCGCCCGGCGCUUUUGCCGCCGCCCGGACCGCCCAGUAGACAGCUCUCAAUCCUGCCGCCACCACCGGUCGCCCCCGCCGCGCCACAACCUGAGCGACCGCAGGCGCGACGCUGGUCCCCGACUUCCAGCAUCGCCUCCGAGGCCGACACCUCCUUCGGCUUCAAUCCGCCCGUCGACAACGUCAAGCCCAAGGUGAUUGGAGACAGAAAAAGCCGCAAAAGUGACGGUAUAUAUCGCGAAAGUCUCGCAUUUGCCUAGACAUGAUAUCGCAUGUUCUUUGGCGUGGGGAUUUCCUUGGCGCGACCUCGAAUUCACCUCAGCGUAACCUCCCGGACAGUGAAAUUAAAAAAUACGAAAGGGCUGGCGGUACAACGACGAUAUCGCAAAAGUCCCACGCCGCUCUCGCAUUUCCUAAGCGCGAUAUCGCGUUUUUCUCGGAGCGACAUCACGUUUUGCAUUUUCAAUUUUUUUUUUUUGAGUGUUUGUGUAAAGCCAGAGAAAUGCGAUAUCGCGGCUAGAAAAAUGCGAAAGCAAGGGCGGGAUUUUCUGCGAUUUUGGCUGGUGGUACAUUAACGAUAUCGCGAAAGUACCGCGCCGGUCUCGCAUUUCCUACGCGAUAUCGCAUUUUUUCGGCGCGGUAUCGUAUUUUCUCGGAGCGACAUCGCAUUUUGUAAGUUUUUCAAUGUUUUGAGUGUUUGAGUGAAGCGAGAGAAAUGCGAUAUCGCGACUACAAAAAUGCGAACGCGACUACAGAGCGAGAUUUUUGCGAUAUCGUAUCAGUAAGAGUGUUUUUGACCAUUUUUUCAGUAGAAAUCCUCCCCUUCAAUUUCCGAUUUUCAGCCGGGAACUUCAAGGAAACGGGCUUCCAACACGACCGGAUGGCGCCCGCGAACGCCGUCUUUCCCGAUGCCGAUCCCCUGGCCGGUGGCCUCGUCGACCCCCCGCAGAAGUCCUUCCAAGUCUCCCAGCCGGGAGCCGACCGCCAAAAGAGUUCCGUCUCGAGUCCGUUCGAAGUCUCCGCCCGUCUUGUCGCUGGCUCAUCUCCCGGCUGGCAAGGCGAGCAGGUCCAAGAAGGCUCCCGUAAGUGCUUUUUUGGGGUCUACAACAGAUUGUUUGAAGGCCAGGGUGUUUUUUGAGAGGAGCUUUUAAAGGCGCAGCAUGUUUUUGUAAGAGAGGGUCCAGGAAGGAGCAUUUUUAGAAUGCGCUAUUAAAGGCACAGCACGUUUUUGAAAGGGAAGGUUCAUAGCUUCCGCAAGCGCUCAGGUUUUUUACUUUGGUUUGAAAGAUUUUUAGAAUAAGCUAUUAAAGGCGCAGCGCUCAACUUCUCUUCGAGACCUGAUUCGACAAUUAAGGGCACCGUGAAUAGGGUUUAAAGGCGCAGCGAGUUUACCUAUUAAAGGCACAGAAAGAGCGCUAAUUUCACAAAGGAAGGCGCUUCUUCUAGUUGAGAAAGAAAGAUGUCGAAUUUUUCAAAGGCGCAGAGUGUUUCUAGGAUGCGUUAUUAAAGGCGCAGACUUUUUUUUAGAAUGCACUAUUAAAGGCGCAACAUGUUUUUAGAGUUGUCAAUGAAGAAGCGGUGUUAUCUAAAGGUAACUGAUGACGUUCAAAAAAGCUCCUGAAAUAUAAAUUUGAAGGCGCAGCACUCAGUUUCAAUCUUUCCUUCAAGACCCAUUGCGGAGAUUGAAAGGACAGAGAGCUAUAAGAAACAAAGUUUAAAGGCGCAGCAAUUCACGGAUAAAUAUAUUCUCUUCGAGACCCUUUCAUGGCUAAUUUCACUAUUAAAGGUACAGCGAAUCUCAAAAAAAGCUUUUAAAGGCGUAGAGUGUUAGAGUUCACCUAUUAAAGGCGCAUAACGGCUUCUGAACUCAUUAUUAAAGGCGCAGUUCGUUCUGAUGCUAAUAUUUGAAGCGCACAGGGUUAUAAUUCACCUUUUGAAGGCGCAUCAAUGGCCUGAAUUCCGUAUUAAAGGCGCAGAGUACCAUAAUUAGACUUUUAAAGGCGCGGCACAUCAUCUCAAUUCAUUAUUAAAGGCACAGGUUCUUAGCGUCUCUAACAUGAGCGAUGCUGAGCCACGGUUUUCAGAACAAGCCAACAGCUCCUGCCAGCCGAAGCAAUGCCAGGAAAGCUGCGGUGGAACCUGUGAGCGAACAGGAAAAGAGCACUGAUGUGAGCUAAUAUGAGCAACACGAAGCAAUGAUGAUCAAAAGUUUUCAGUCUAUUCCGAGGCCUCCUCGUGGCAAAGAAACGGCUCCCAGUUCGAGGACAAAAGUUUGUUAGAUGAGCUAACAUGAGCAAUGACCAGAAGUUUUCAGCCAACUCCAAGAUCUUCUCGUGGACGUUCGGUAGGCAAGAAAGAAGCGGCUCCCAAUUUGAAAGAAAAUGUUUCUGAUGUGAGAUAACAUAAGCAAUAACCAGACGUUUUUAGCCGCUCCCAAGGCCUCCUCGUGGACGUUCGGUAGGCAAGAAAGAAGCGGCUCCGAAUCCGAAUGAAGAAAUUGAAGAGGAUGUUUGUUACAUGAGAUAACAUGAGCAAUAAUCAGGCGUUUUUAGUCAACUCCGAGACCUCCUCGUAUGCCAAGCAAAAGAGACAUCAGCUCGAAAGGAAAGGUUUGCUAAAUGAGCUAAUAUGAGCAACACUGAGACGUUUUCAGUCAGCCCCAAAGCUUCCUCGUGGACGCUCGGUAGCCAAGAAAGAAGCGACCCCCAAUUUGGAGGAAAAAGUCGGUGGAAUGAGAUAACAUGAGCAACAUGCAAUAAUUAAGGUUGCCUCGGUUAGACGUCGCUCUGGUCGUUCUGUCAAGCCAACAACUCGUUAUCAGGUUCCUCCCGGAGAAGAGGUGAGCUAACAUGAGCAAUGAUGAGUUAUAAUUAGAAAUGUUUGCAAAUCGAGGCUUUUUUGGUGGAAUUCGGAUCGUUUCAGGAUUUAUGCUUUUUCUAGAACCGAUGGUGUUAUUAUUAGCUGAUAUGAGCAAUCAUGAGAAAAAUUGUGGAAAAUGAUUUUGAGAUAAUGGAGAAACUUUGGAAUAGAAAGUGUUGAGUUGAUUUCGGGUGUUAGUGAGCUAACAUGAGCAAUAAGAAGUUUUCAGGUUGCUCCGGCGAAACGACGUCGCUCUGCUAGUUCAGCCAAACCAACGCCGAGGAAACAGGCUCCUCGAGAAGAGGAAGAUGAAGUGAGCUAACAUGAGCAAUAAUGAGAAAAAAUACUUCUUCAUUGAGAUUAGGCUAUUUUGUGUGUAUGUGUGUGUAUUUUCAAUGGGAGAAAAAGAAGUAAGCUAACAUGAGCAAUUAUGAGUCAAAUAUUGAAAAUGCUCAGUUGUAAUUCAAUGAAUCUAUCUUUAGUAACAUUGAGCUAACAUGAGCAAUUAGCAAUUUUCCAGGAUACUCCGAUGAAAAUUCGUCGAUCUGGUACUUCGGCCAAGCCGACACCUCAGAUUCAAGCUCCUCCUCCUCCAGCAGUAGAAGUGGGUAUUGUGAGCUAACAUGAGCAAUAAUUAGCUAAGAUUAGGAGAGGUUGAGAGACCUAUAAGAAAGUUGUCAUAUGCCGCUAGAAUGAGCUGAAAUGAGCAAUAAUACGUGUGACAGAAGCAGAAUUGAAACUCCAGAGUGGUCCUACGGAAGCAGCCGCAAACGAUUUUGAAGAUUCCCUAUAGGGACCACUCUACCUCAACUUAAAGAAGCACUGAAGCUUGCAAAAGUGGUCACUCUAGGGGAGCAUGCUAGUGAUUCCUAUAUGUCUUUUCGAUUAUCAACGCAAAAAAAAGGAUAGAGCACUACAGGGACCACUUGAGCUUCAGGAGCUUAGGGUUCCGACGCCAAACCCUAUAGGGGCCACCUGAGGUCUAGGCGGCACUAAUUUGGUCCCUAUAGGGUUUUUUCCCCGCCUAACCACUCUAGGGGCCGCUCGGCUGAUUCAAACUUUUAAGACUCAAAAAUAUUCAUUUUCCAUGCCUUUUUUGGAACUCUCAUCACAUGGUAAAAUGACUUUUCUUUUAAAAUUAUAAUGAGCUAACCUGAGCAACAUGAAUAAUUUUCAGCUCACUCCACCGCAGUCUUCGCGCCGUGGCGCCCGUGCCCGCCAGGUCCGCAAAGUCUUUUCUCCUUGA